GAAAACCAAGUUUGCUUAUUGGGCAUUAAUUCCAUUUACUUAGAUACAUGUGUUACCAUCAGUAGACAAAGGAUCUUCACCUUUACUUCAGUUAUCUGGAAAUGGAUUUACUACUCUGUCUGCAGAUUAGCGGUGUUGCAAAUGCAGGAACCUCAAGAUGGCUCUGCUGUGAUAUGAGAACUUAAGUGGCAACAGUUGGCACCAUCUACAGACUCUCUGUGUCUAUAGUUAGCAAUAUCACUUACCUUCCCUCAACAAGAUUUUAAAUGUUCUUGAAACUUAAUUAGGUAGGGUUUUUUUUGCUUUAUUCAAGUGCUUUCCUCACCACCACUCUAUCAUUACCCCCAAGUUCAGUGUUCUAGGCAAAGCAGUUACACAAGAAAACAAGCUGGUUCUUCACAGCAAAAAGCCUACUCUAACAUGUAAUCUGAGAUUACUAGAGUUAAACCAGGCAGUUUAACAAACGUUCAUGGAAUUUCACCCCAAGGCAGCUUAGUUCUAGCAGCCAACACUGUAAAACUCAGAAAUUAUUACAUUGUACAAAUCUGGCCUCCCCACAAUUCUGACCUGGACUGCCACCACUCCAAUUUCACACGCAGCUGGCAAGGAUGUUUUCUUCUCAAGAGGUUCCUUAGCCUAGCUCACAAGACCAGUAUCAACUAAGUCUACACUGAACAUAAAGCAAGAUCACUCAAUCUCUCUGAAACUUAUAAAAAAAUAGGGAAUAAGACUGACACAUCUCAUAGGUCAAGGAUAUGAAGCCUGGCUCUUAACAGGAUUCCUGAAGAAAAUUUGAGUUUUCUGCAAUAUUGAUUGAAACCAUCUGAGCCAAAGCUCUGCAUUAUUUAGCCAAGAAAAGGGAACCAGUUAAGGAUCCUAUUUGUUUGCACCUAUAGAGAUCUGGAAAAUACACUGGAAAAUAAUGUGGUAACCAACAUAAACAACAUACUGCUUAGAUAUAUGCAAAGAAAGUGGACCCAGACUAGUAAUUUUAAAGCAGCCAAUCUGAAGUCACUUCGAAGCAACAACUGCAUUUAAUGGAUGUUUACUAAGCAUUUCUAAAUGCCAUUCUUGUACUGUUGCAACAAGUUAUCCAACAACAAAGCCAUAAAUAUUUUAUUUUCAGUGUUUACACAGUAUUACUUGCAUUUUUUUCCAUACACUCAAUACGGCAACCCCGUCUUCCACAGGUUUACAGUUCCCUUUCGAUAGGAGAAAGCCGACUUUUCUAUUCAUAUUGCACCUGCAAAUGUUUCUGUCCCUAAACUUCAGUAUUUCUACCAGAGGCAGCGAGAGCACAUCAGCGACACGAGGAGAAGCCAGAGGGCUCCGAAGGGCACCAGCAGAAUUUUGUCUUUCCUGCAGCACCGUUUUUUUCCUUCUGGAAGCCGUUAAUUCUGGAAUUUCCCCGCGAUUAGCAGAACGCUUCUAUUGAUCGAUGAAGGCCUCAGACGAGACCGAGGAGGUUUCUAGAGAUAGGAGUGACCCGAAGAUGAUACCCUCUGCCACCUAUGAGCUGUUAGUGGAUGGUGUUGGACCAUGGGACUUCACUGGAGGUUUUGUUCCUUGUGAGCUGCUACUUGUUGGAGAGCACGCUUACCCUGUGCUUGUGAGCUCAAAGAAGCAGGUUCUCAUUGCUGUUUCACAGUAUGGGAAGGGUCGGAUGGUGGUUGUUUCCCACGAGGGAAUCUUGAAGGACUCCAAGUUUUCCCAGUUCCUCAGAAAUGCUGUGGAAUGGCUCAAGCCUUCCCCUGAGGCCCUGGUUGGUGUCCAUCCUCAUUUGGAUUCCCUCUCCCAGAUGCUGCUCAGGGCUGAUGCUGAAGUACAUGCUGGGGCAGAGCUCAGCCCCUCUCUGGGAGUGUACUGUAUGGAUGCCUAUGACAGCAGGCAGGCAAAAGAACUGGUUGGCUUUGUAAAGGAAGGUGGAGGGCUGCUCGUUGGUGGCCAGGCCUGGCACUGGGCUAGUCAACAUGGCAAGGAGAAGGUGCUGUUUGAAUUCCCUGGGAACCAAGUGACCAGCGUGGCUGGCAUCUAUUUCACAGGAAACACUGUGGAGAAAGGCAUCUUCAAAGUUGCUAAGAAAGUUCCCAAGAUGCCAUUAAUUGUCCGGCACCAGGCCAACCUCAGGCUUGAUGCUGAGUUUCUCCUGCGUGGUGUACCGGAGCUGGAUUUGGUGACAGGGGGCAUGCCCUCCAUCUUGCUGGUCCAUGGUCUGCUCUCCUUCCCACUCUGCCUGGACAGCUCACACCACUGCCUCCUGGCUGCAGCACAUUAUGGCCGAGGCCGUGUUGUGGUGGCAACCCAUGAGAGCCAGCUCUGCUCCCCAAAGCUGGCCAGGUUCCUGCUCAAUGCUGUCCGCUGGCUGGAUGCUGGAAGACAGGGAGUGGUGGGUGUAGCUGCCAGCCUGAAGAAACUAUACAGCCUCCUCUCUCAGGAAGGGGUGAAGUCGCAGGUGUCACAGCUGACGGGUGACAUCAGUGUGUACUGCUGCUCUUCUUAUGGCGACAGAGAAGCAGAGAGGAUUCAUGCUUUUGUGGCAGAGGGAGGUGGCCUACUGAUUGGAGGCCAGGCCUGGUACUGGGCUUCCCAGAAUCGUGGCAAAGCUGCUGUGGCAAAAUAUCCUGGCAACAAAAUCCUCAACCCCUUUGGGCUGAGCAUCCUGGGGCAGAGGGUGCAGGCAGCUAAGCACCCAGCUGUGGGGCCUGGGGAGCACUACCACUUCCGCAAGGCACUCACUCUUUUCAACAGGCACGUAGACAUGCAUGAGGAGCUCAAGGACCCCUUAAAGAACUGGCUGCAAAGGCUAACAGAAGACUGUGCUGCCUUUCUUCACAUCCCAGCCCAUGACUGCCCUGCAUAUGCCUCGCUUCACCGUAUCCUGACCAAAACACUUAAGAGAAGUGGGAUCCCACAUGUCAGCAGGUAUUGCCCUGUUAAGAGCAACUCCAAAGAGGCGGUCCUUCUCUGCAUGGCGACUGAGCUGUCUCUCACCAUGACAGACAGUGCCACCCUAGUGCAGAAACCUGCUGUUGGGGUCUGUGCCUUCCCCAUCACUGUGGAAAUAGACAGCACAAACCCAGGUAAGACAUCCUGGAGAAGUACAGGACUCUACCUCCCUGAAGGACACACAGCAGUUAUAACAUUCCCUUGUGUGGUGGUCGGUGCUGGUCUGAAGGUGCAGAUUGGGUGUCACACAGAUGACCUCUCUCACGCCAGAGAACUGAAACGAGCCCCAGUGGUAAUACGCACCUGUGAUAUUGCCUGCCAGAAACAGUCUGUUUCCUGCCUCUGGGGUGGACUCAUUUACAUCAUAGUACCAGCAAGGAGCAUCCUGGGGAAAGUGCCCAUCACGAUAGAAGGGGCAGUCAGAGCUCCGUUCUUCAAGCUUGGGGAGACCUGUGAAAGCCAGUGGAAGGAUUGUAUCCGGCACCACCCUGCUCCCUGGGCAGAACUGGCUGUUGAGAAUCUCAUCCUGACAGUGCCAUCUGACACCAUCCGCCACAUGGAGGACCCACAGCCGCUGCUGACCCUGUGGAAUGAGAUCAUGGUGGCGAUAAGCAAAUUGGCAGCCAUACCAACAAAAUUCCCAAGGCCAGAGAGGAUUGUGACAGAUGUCCAGAUCUCAUGUGGCUGGAUGCAUGCUGGCUACCCCAUCAUGGGACACAUAGAUUCAGUGAAGGAGAUGUUAGACAUGAAGCACAUGCAAACUGCUGGUCUUUGGGGUCCUAUCCAUGAGCUAGGACACAAUCAACAGCAACAAGCAUGGGAGUUUCCCCCUCAUACCACAGAGGCCACCUGCAACCUCUGGUCUGUCUAUGUUCAUGAGGAGGUGCUGGGGAUUCCCAGGCAUAAGGCCCAUCAGGCGCUCAGGUCACAGUGUCGAGAAGAAAGGAUUAGACAGUAUCUGAAGAAAGGUGCUCAACUAAAGGACUGGGAGAUGUGGACUGCUCUGGAGACGUACCUGCAGUUGCAGGAAGGGUUUGGUUGGGACCCCUUCACCCACCUCUUCUCUGAUUACCAGAAAAUGUCCACCAUCCCAAAAGACAAGUCUUCUAAGAUGAACUUGUGGGCACAGAAGUUUUCUCAGCAGGUGAAUAAGAACCUGGCUCCUUUUUUUACAUCCUGGGGUUGGCCUAUCAAGAAAAAACUGUCUGUGGAACUGUCCUCUUUACCUAAUUGGGAACAGGACCCAAUGAAAUCCUAUAGACCAUGAAGGAAAAAUAUCUAAACCUUGAUUCUCAGACUAGCUACUGCCUAUCUUUUUCGCUUUGUGUGCUGCAUAAUAGCUCACUGGGUGCUUAAGAUUACACGAAAUUCUUUAGCUUCCUGCUAUUAAUAGAAGUCUACCCCAACAGAAAUUCAGCAGAAACUUGUACGGAGCUCAGUCACCAUCUAAGCCAUUUUAUGAAGGGUUAAAUAACAAAUGAGCUUUGUUCUGUUUUUGUCACCUCAGGAGGAAUGUAAUUCUGAGUAGAUUUGAUUCCUGUCAAACCUUUCUCUGGUGAAAAGGCAAUUUUAGGUCUGCAGUAGUCACUAGAGUCGUCUCAAGGGCAAUAGCAAUAGAAUAUAGGUCAGUAAAGUGAAUAGUAGCUUCCACAAUGUUGUGUUCUUCAGUUACAAUUUCAGUAACAUAAGAGUUUCACUAUGGUUUCACUAUGGUUUUGGAUACCCUAAAAUCCCUAGUCUUCAAUUGCUCCUAAUAUGCAGAACUUCCACACCUGCUAUCAUGGAAGUGACCUUAUAAUGCUUAUCUGCGUCUUUUAUAAUACAUAGCUGAUACUGAAAUGCUGUAGAAGUCUUCCUAAUUGUAUGACUGUGUCACCUGAUGUCCAGUUUUAUGUAAGUGAAUUAUAAGUUGUAGCUGUUGGUCUUAACCAUAGCCUGACAGCAAGAUACAUGGCAUGGAAGACUGGAGAGUGGAAACAAAGAAUAGGUGACUUGAUUGUACUCAGUAAUGGUUUAACUUGUGGAUUCAUCAAAGGUUAAAAAAGUAGGCUCUGACAUGACAGCAUGAGGGAGCAGAGAGGACAAAGACAGCAGUUCAUCAAGACAGGACCGACCAUUUCCAAGGAACAGCAGAAGCUAAUCAUUCUCUCACCUCAGUCAUAAUUACUUGACUAGCACACCACACUGGUGACUACACAGCGCUAGCAAGCUUGUUUAUGUUUAACCUAAUAGCAUACCAGUCCCAACCCAUUCCUUGUGUAUCAGCAAUAAAUAAAACAAUUGUGGACUUGAGGGUUGUAUGUGUGAUCCUACUUUCAUGUUUCUAUGCCCCCUAAAAAAGCCUAAAUUGAAGUGACACAAAGAUUUGUUACAGCAGCUUUCUAUUUUUGUUCUGGCUCAGAUAUGGUUCUGAUUUCCAUCUGAUUCAUUGGCAUAAUAUUUUACUUUGUCUUUCAAAUUUUCUUCCCAUUGUUAUUCACUACUGGUAUGAAUUGUUCUUCCAAUAAAAUAAAUGCAGAGGCUAAUAGUGGUGUAGACAGUGUUUCAGUACUGAUUUGGUCCUGAAGAGGAAAAGCAUAAGAAAAUUUACAUGGUGGAAAGAUUUAGACCUGACUCUACCUACAGAAGCAGAUUUCACCCCUAAUGAGUUUCUGAAUAAAAGUUGAGUUCAUUACUCCGUUUCCCAGGGGAUUCCUGACAGCCCAAUCAAAGGCAGCUCUGAGGA